CAGGACUUUUUAAUAAAAAAAAAUACCAUGGAAAAUAAUGAAAAAGAAAACUUUGUUUUAUUCGAUUCUUUUAUUGAUGAAGGAUGGUUCUACAUCGUUAAUAAAACGUGCAUCCUUGUAACAGAAAAAUCGGAAAUAAAAAUCGGAGCAAAAAUGCAGUUUUCAUAUCCAAAUGAAGAAAAAACGUCUAAAAUAAAAACAGGAAAAAUUAUAAUGCAAUCGGAAUCAAUUGAAAAUUUAGAGGAAGAAAUGAACAGAAGAAUAAAAGAAAUUAAAGUAAAGAAAAUUACAAGAGAGGAGUUGAAAGAAAAGGAGAAAUCAGAAUCUGAGGCAAUGAAAACAAAAUUUAUGGAAAGAGCAAGACAAGAUAAUAUAAUUAUGGCCAAAGAGCUUCAAAAAGAUAUAAAUUUGCGAAAAAAGGAAAAAGAUGAUUUACUAAAUAAAAUUACUUCUGCAAUAAAUUUAACAAAAAAGGAGAACGAGAAACUUGAAAAUUUGUUUAUUUAG